AUGGACGCUCGCCAGGUUCUGCAAAGUACUCUGUCGCCCGAUGCGGCGGAACGUACCAACGCUGAGCAGCAGCUCGCUCAUGCGGCGGAGGUUGACUUCGCUACCUACCUCGUCACUCUUGGUCAGGAGUUGGCCAGCGAAGAGAGCCCUGCCCACAUCCGUGUUGCUGCCGGUAUUGCCUUGAAGAACGCUUUCACUUUCCGAGACCAGACCAAGCUUCGUGAAGUACAAGCCCGAUGGAUCCAACAAAUUAGUCCCGAAACCAAGACCCAGGUCAAGGAGCUCGCGCUCAAGACCUUGGCUUCCGAUACCCGAGCUGGGAAUGCUGCCGCUGCGCUUAUUGUUUCGAUCGCCGCGAUCGAAUUGCCCCGAAAUGAAUGGCCCGAAUUGAUGAACGUCCUGGUCCAGAAUGUGGCCAGUGGAAAUGACAACCUGAAACAAUCGUCUCUCGCCACAAUUGGUUUCAUUUGCGAGUCCCAGGAUGCCGAUCUACGUGCCAGUUUGACGGCUCACUCCAACGCCAUCCUGACUGCCGUUGUGCAGGGUGCCCGUCGGGAGGAGCCUAACAUGGAUGUCCGAUAUGCGGCUAUUGCUGCUUUGAGCGAUGCCGUGGACUUUGUCCGAUCUAACAUGGAGAACGAGGGAGAGCGCAACUACAUCAUGCAAGUUGUGUGCGAGGCCACUCAGGCCGAUGAGGUCCGUGUCCAAGCCGGUGCUUUCGGCUGUCUCAACCGCAUCAUGGGCGCCUACUACGAGAAGAUGCGCUUCUACAUGGAGAAGGCCCUCUUUGGACUUAGCAUCAUGGGAAUGAAGAGCGAAGAAGAGGAUGUCGCCAAGCUGGCUAUCGAGUUCUGGUGCACCGUUUGCGAGGAGGAGAUUGCCAUUGAAGAUGAUAAUGCCGAGGCUCAACAAGAGGGUGCCGAGGCCCGUCCAUUCUACGGCUUCGCCCGUGUCGCCGCUCGCGAGGUCAUUCCCGUUCUCUUGCAGGCCAUGUGUCGCCAGGACGAGGACGCUGACGACAACGAGUAUAAUGUGUCUCGUGCCGCCUACCAAGCUCUCCAGCUGUACGCUCAGUGUGUGCAGGCUGAGGUGAUUCAACCCGUUGUGACCUUUGUCGAGGAGAACAUCCGUAACGAAGACUGGCGCCGUCGUGACGCCGCCGUUGCGGCCUUUGGUGGUAUCAUGGAGGGUCCCGAACCUCGUGUCCUUGAGCCUCUGAUCAAGCAGGCUCUGCCUGUCCUGCUGGGCAUGAUGGAGGAUGCUUCUGUUCAGGUUCGCGACUCCACUGCCUACGCUCUUGGCCGUGUAUGCGACUGCUGCCCUGAGGUUCUGGAUCCCGAUGUUCACCUGCAACCGCUCAUCUCUUGUCUGUUCAAUGGCCUUGCUAGCAGCCCCAAGAUCGCCAGCUCUUGCUGUUGGGCUCUGAUGAACGUUGCGGACCGUUUCGCCGGCGACCCCGGCUCUCAGACUAACCCCCUGUCUAAGCACUUCGAUGAGAGCGUAAAGUCAUUGUUGCAGGUCACUGAGAGACAAGAUGCCGACAGCCAGCUGCGUACCGCUGGAUAUGAAGUCCUCAACUCCUUUGUCAUGAACUCCGCCAACGACAGCCUUCCAACUGUUGCCAGUCUCUCAGACCACAUCCUUGGACGUCUGGAGCAGACGAUUCCUAUGCAGCAGCAGGUUGUUAGCACCGAGGAUCGCAUUCUCCUUGAGGAUAUGCAGACCUCUCUGAUCAGUGUUAUUCUUGCUAUUGUUCAAAGAUUCGAGGUCGAGAUCAAGCCCCAAGCCGACCGCAUCAUGCAGGUCCUGCUUAGCGUUCUCACCACCGUCGGUGGCAAGUCUAGCGUCCCCGAUGUGAUCUUCGCCACUGUCGGCUCCGUUGCCAGCGCCCUGGAUGAGGACUUUGCCAAGUACAUGGAGUCGUUCAGCCCCUUCCUGUACAACGCCCUGGAGCACCAGGAAGAAGCCGGUCUGUGCUCCAUGGCCAUUGGCUUGGUCAGCGACAUUGCCCGCGCCUUGAACGAGAAGGUUCAGCCUUACUGUGAUACAUUCAUGAACCUUCUCCUCAACAUCCUCCGAACCUCCACCAACCAGCUGAAGCCCGCCAUCCUCGAGACCUUUGGUGAUAUUGCCCAGGCCAUCGGAACCCCACACUUCGAUAACUACCUUCCCGUUGUCGGCCAGGUGCUCCAGCAGGCUUCCUCCGUGACCACCAGUUCAGAUCUCCCCUACGAUAUGGUGGACUACAUUGUCUCCCUGCGCGAGGGCAUCAUGGAUGCCUGGGGUGGCAUUCUCCUCUCCUACAAGGGCAGCCCUCAAAUCAACCUGAUUCAACCAUUCGUUGAGUCCAUCUUCCAACUGCUUCACAUUAUCUCCCAGGAGGGCAACCGGUCCGAAGGCUUGAUGCGCUCUGCUAUGGGUGUCAUCGGUGACUUGGCUGAUUCUUUCCCCAACGGCGAGCUGGCCAGCCACUUCCGCCAGGACUGGGUGACCACCUUGGUCCGUGAGACACGCACCACCCGUCAGUACAGUGAGCGCACCAUUGAGACCGCUCGCUGGACCCGGGAGCAGGUUAAGCGCCAGAUCAACCUGGGCGGCGGUAUGUCUUAA